AUGGAUUUGAAAUCACAAGAAAUUGAGGUCGAGUUUCCCAUCCCAUCUGUGACACCGUACAAUGCAGGGACCUACGACUGCGCAUACAGACACUCAUCCCUCUGGUCACACCGCAGUGACCCCCUGCACCUCGUGGUGACAGGCCUGUACGCCCCCUCCCUCUCAGCCUUUCCCAGUCCUGAGGUGGCCUCAGGACAUGAUGUGACCCUCCAGUGUCAGUCACAGGAAUGGUAUGACAUGUAUGCCCUGUACAAGGAUGGAAAAGAGAUCACCCAAGGUCUGGCCCAGGGCCUCAACAAGGGGUCCCAGGCCACCUUCCACAUCUCAGCUGUGAGCUCUACCCAUAGAGGGACUUACCAAUGCUACACCUUUCACAGUCACUCCCCCCAGGAUUGGUCAGCUCCCAGUGAGCCCCUGGUGCUCAGGGUCACAGGCACCUCAAAGGGUCCUCACCUCCCCCAAAGGCCUGGGGAUCCCCAAGCUCUGACAUCCUCCCCACCCAAUGCUGCUCCCCAGGAUAUCACUGUGGGCAACCUGGUUCACCUCAGCCUGGCUGGGCUGGUCCUCAUCAUCCUGGGGGUCCUGCUGGCUGAAGCCUGGCCUAGCCAGAGGGGACAGUGA